AUGAAGGCUCCUAUUCGAGUACCAUUAAAUAGAAACAAUCAUGACGAGGAGAAGAGUAAUUAUGCAAAUUUUAAUAAUACAAGAAUAAUCACCUUAUUUCAAGUGCCUCAAUAUGAACAAUUACAAAUACUUAUUUGUAAUGGUAAUUCAUUAACAACAUUAGCUGGUGUUGAACAUAUUAAACAUUUAUGGAAGCUUGAUGUUGGAAAUAAUCAAAUUCGAAGUCUUCAACAUCUAUCACGUUUUAUAGCACUUGGUUCACUUAUACUCUCAAAUAAUCGUUUACAAUGGAUUGAAUUACAACAUAUUCGUCAUAUGUUUAUACUUGAUUUAAGACUCGAUGGAAAUACUAUAUUGGAUGCUGAUUCAAAUUAUCGUCAGCAUGUACUUGAUUGUUUACCACGUAUUUGGAUGUGUGAUGGUAUUUUUGUUUCAACCUCUGAACGCAAUCAAGUUGAUGAAUUUUUUACACAAUCAUCAUUAGCACAAAAACCUGUGCGACAUAAAUUAGCACGUGAUAUAUUUAUGCCAACAAAUCUAAAAGAUCGUGCGAUUAAUGGACUUUUUGGAUCAAAGGCAACAGAAUUAUUUGCUAAAUUUCCAAUGAAUUGUUUUGUAAAUUCAGAACUUGACAAGAGAAGAAUCAAACAUUUAGCUGCAACAAUUCAAGAUUUAUUACUUACAGAAAUGAGAAAUGAUGAGGGAAAAAAACAUGAUGAAUUUCUUAUGGAAAAUCGUCAUAUACUCUAUCAUAUGGUUGAUAUACGAGAAAAUCAUGUUGAAGAAUUUAAUAUGUGCCUUAUAUUACUUGUUACUCACAUGCUCUUCGAAAUACCUGUUGAAUUAUUAAAUAAUGUUUUUGAUAUUACACAUAUAAAAUCUAUUGGAAAUUUAAAUAUUGAUCAUAUAUUUUCAUCAAGUGAAGAAUUAAAAUCUAUGAUUGCAUCAUUGAUUCAUGCAGGUACACGACUUGAUCGAGAUGAAAAUCAUCCAUCAGCAUUUAAUGAUAAAUUAUUUAAUAGUCUUUCUAUUGUUAUUACUAAUCAAUUACGACAAUUAUCAACUUUAAAUACAAGUCAACCUUAUCCAAAUGGUAGUAUAGUUUCUGAAGCAAAAUCUAUGGUAUGUCUUGAAGUAAUGCAAAUAUUAAUAAUGUGUCCAUUAUUUUAUACACUUAUUGAUAAUCCAAAUGUAAAUUCAAUUUUAAAACAAGCUUUAGACCGAUCACCAGCAUAUGGAAGUAUUAAAGAUGUUUUAAAAAAUUUAACUGCUGAUGAAAAAUCAGCUGAAGAACAAAAAGAUUUAUUAAGUCCAAUUCUUGGUAAUAUAUUAAAAAUGACUAUGCGUACAUUAUCAACAAAAAAAACAAAAAAAAUAAAUGAACCAUUACAAGCAGAAACGACUAAACCAGAACAAGACAAUUCAAAUAAACGACAACAAGAACGAAUUCUAUCAUCACCAAAAUCUUCUCAACGAGCACCUAUUCAUCGUAUUCCUACUAUUGGUGAUCGUAUACUAACAGCACCACAAACAUUUGCUCGUAUUGUAACAAUACCUGAUGGUGAUAUAGUAAUGAUUCAAUUCGAUCAUAUACUUGCUGUUAAUGGUUCAAUGAUAAAAAAUGGAUCAUUAAAUGAUCAUACUAAUUAUGUUAGUAUGAAUAAUUUUGAAUGGGAUGCUUCACAUGAUUAUUGGCGACCAAAAUUUGCACUUGGUGAUAAAAUAACAUUACAUAUGGCGACAAUACGAGAAGAAACAUCUCGAAAUCUUCCUCUACCUCGAGCAUUACCAUCAAAAACAUUAGAAUCAAUUGAAAAAAAACGUCCAAUACCAAAAUUAUUUGAAAUUAAUCUUAAUAAUAAACCAAAAGAAGCAUUUGUUGAACCACCACCCGUAUCUAAUAUUAAUCACGAAGAAAAUAAUAAUUCACAACAAAAUCCAACUAUUGAAAAUCAAGUGAUCACAACUGAAGAAAUUAUAAUUGAACGUCCAAUGUCUGUUCGAAUAAUAAAACAAAAACAAGAGCAACAAAAUAAAGAUUUAACAACUAAUGAAACAAUUUCUUCAUCACCUAUUCUUAUUGAAUCAACACUUUUUCUUAUGCCUGAUCAAUCACAACCACCAAUUUCAUCUAUUGACCAGCAACAACAACAACAACAAUCAUUUACUACAUCAACAAUAGUCCAUGAUUUUGAACGUUCAUCAUCUGCUUCUCGACGAACAACAACAACCAAUCGUAUACAUGUACCAGUACAUAAUGCAUCACAAUGGUUUAAUGGACCUAAUAUGCAAAAUGAACGAUCAGGUCGAAUGGAAAAAAUUAUUUCUUCUCUUGUUCGACGAUCAUUUCGACCAAUAUCUGAUAAUACGAUGCCACGUGUACCUACAUUAACUUCUCCAUCAUCAAGAGAACAUGCUCUGUCUAAAGGUUUUCGACCAGGUACAUUACAAGAUUUUUGUAUUGAAAGUCAGCGAAUGGUACCAACACCAUUUAUGUUCAAUCGACAAUCACAAUCAACUAAAAAUCGAUAUACACCAUCAACACGUUCAUAUGACUUAAAUCGUUCAAAUGAAGGUGGAUUUCGUAUUAAAUGCUUGUUCAAUCCACCAUGUCCAACACCUUCAUGGAUGUGA